AUGGGAAAUCUUGUCAACUUGCAUUAUCUUGAUAUUAGAGAUGCAAACUCAAUAAAAAGGAUGCCUCUUGGAAUCGAUAAGCUAACCAAUCUUCAAAGAUUAUCUGAAUUCGUCAUAAGGGAAGGUGAUGGACAGCAUAUUAGAGACUUAAAAUAUUUGUCAAACCUCAAAGGCGAUUUCAAUAUUUUUGGGUUAGAGAAUGUUAACGGUGAAGAUGCAGCGGAAGCCAAGUUAAAUGAAAAGCAGAGGAUUGAUCGAUUGCUUGAGCAACUCGUCAUUCAGAAUUAUGGUGGUGCAAAAUUCUCUACUUGGAUUGCAGAUUCUUCCUUAAAAAAUAUGUUGUCAUUGAAGCUUCGCAACUGUAAAAAUUACAAAUCUCUACCAUCGAUUGGAAGGCUGUUGUUGUUAAAAGAUCUUUCAAUUAGUGGUUUGGAUCAAGUGCAUAAGAUUGGUGCUGAGUUAUUUGGAGAAAAUCAAUCAAAUGCUUUUGCAUCAUUAGAGUCUCUGUGUUUUGACAAUAUGCUGAAUUGGGAGGAGUGGGACCUAUGUGAAGAUGAUGAGCAAGUAUCGAAAUUUCCUAGCCUUAGUAAGCUUUCAAUUAAAAGCUGUCCUCUAUUGUGGGGAAGGUUGCCAACCAUCCUUCAAUCCUUGCAGAAACUUGAAAUCUCUGAGUGUAGAAGGUUGGUAGUUUCAAUUUUAGGUUUUCCCUUGCUGAGUGAAAUAAGCGUUGAAGGGUGUCAAAAAUUGGUGGAUGAAGGUUCUUUGUCUGUACAGAAGGUUACCUCUUUGAAGCAUGUGUCUCUUUCAAAUAUUUCAAAGUUUAAUAUUUCAGCAGAGAGGAUAAUGUUGAGAUUUGCAAACUCUGAAAAAUUUGAUAUCUAUGAUUGGGAGGAGUUGGGAUCUUUAUCGCAAAUUGGGUUAAGAUUAGUAGGGCACCGAUUCAUUGAGAUUGUCAAAUGUCCCCAAUUGAUCUCUUUGGAAAAAGAGAAGGAGAGACUACAACUUGACAAUAUUCCAGGUGUUGAAUCUCUGUUAAUAGUGAAUUGUGAAAAUUUUGGAGUCCUUCCCAAGUGCAUCAACAACUUCACCUCCCUUCGAGAAUUAAAGGUGUCUUAUUGUUCGGCUGACACAUCCUUUCUAGAAGAGGGUUUCCCUACCAACCUCACAACACUUGCAAUCUCAAACGUACCCAAAAUUUUUACAUCACUUGUUGAAUGGGGAUUUAACAGACUCACCUCUCUUCAACAACUGGAUAUCAGCAGUGAAGGAUGCUCAAAUGUGGUGUCAUUUCCAGAAUAA